GCGGGCGGCGGGCGGAGCCGCCCCGAGUCGGGAGGCGGAGGGUCCCCGCGCGGCAGCAUGGAGGUCCCCGCUGUGAACCUCAAGGCCAUUGUUGUGGUGCACUGGCUGCUCACAAUAUGGGCAGGCACAAUCCCCUGGAUUCCAGACUCCUACUUAUGGGGGAACUUCACCGUCCUGGCAAUGGGGGUCUGGGCCAUCGCUCAGCGGGAUUCCCUUGACGCGAUAAUCAUGUUCCUGACUGGCCUGCUGCUCACGAUCCUCACAGACAUCAUCCAUAUCAGCAUCUUCUACCCCCGGCAAAAGACACUGUCUGACACACAGCGCUUCAGUUCCGGCAUGGCCAUCUUCAGCCUCCUCCUGAAGCCCUUGUCCUGUUUCCUGGUCUAUCACAUGUACCGGGAGCGUGGGGGAGAGUAUAUCUUCAACGUAGGUAACAUCAGCGUAGGCCGGGACCGCAGUGCCUACCAGUCCAUCGAUCAGCAAGAUGCACCUCACCCCUUCUCUGAGCCAGACAGCAAGCCAGCCCCGCGUCCCUACUGAGGCACUCUCCCUUGCCAAGAGCAGAGCACAGGAUGGUGCUGACACUGCCCACCCCAUCCUUCCCUGCUCGUUUCUGUUGGAGGAAGCUCCAAGACCGAACCAGGAGGAAAGGAACUGGUGGUACUCCCCUCCCUGCUGAGCUUCUUCCCUGAAGCUGCUUAGAUGGAUCAGGUUCUGGUGGGACCUCAGAAAGGUCAUUUUGUUUUAAAGAUCUAGGGCUCUGUCUAGCCCCCUUCCCCCUGUCCCAGUUUACAAGAGUUUAACUGCUGUCUGUAUAAGCACCUUAAUUCCUCCUUCCCCAAGUCCUCAACACGGCUGCCUCUGCAGUCCAGGUAUACUGCGUUCCCCAAAAUAUUCACAGAGAAACUGGCCAUUUUCCAGAUGGUCCAUCUGAUUGUGCAGCUGCCUACUGACUUAGGGAGUGACCCUGGGUCCUAUGGAUUGAUCUCCUGGGCAAGUGGUUUGAUUGAUCUCUGGGAGUCCCCGGAGGCUGUUUCACGUUCAAAGAUGUGGCGGAUGCUUUUGUCAGUAACAGCCUGCGCUGGGUGAGCGUCUGCACGCAGCCUGGUUAAGGGGGGGAGCAGCUGAGCCCACGAGCUGUUUAUACUCCUGCUCCUGCUGUUGACUCUUGGGUUUUAUUCACUGGUGUUUGUGUGUAGGUUCGUAGUGCACAGGGUUCUUGUAGGGUGACUCGCUCCUGCUGUGAGUACACUGUGCCUUCAAACACUCUGUGGCCUUCUGUUGAGCUUUUUAAGAGAACUUGACUUGUUUUUUCUAAAAGACACAAAAUAAAAAUGUAGCACAGUA